CUACUGAGACCUGAGAUAACUGGCAGCCGGAAACAUGUGCAGACAUGGUCAAGUCUAAGCACGCAGAUAAGCGGUGUUUUGCCCACGCCCAGCUCAGACACAAUACGGCUUUGGAGAGUUACAGAAGCACUGGAUCUCUGAGUAACUCCCUUCAGAAAAAUCUUCGUGAUGUUCCUUGUUAAAGCUUUGCUGAGUGGAGGAAGCGGUAGUGGUCAGGGAGGGAGCCUUGCACAAGGCCUUGGAGGUCUCCUAACCGGAGGUGGACAUGGAGGGAAUCUUGGAGGACUUGUUGGAGGUCUCGUCAAUCUUAUAAGUGAAGCAGCAGCUCAGUAUAAUCCAGAGCCACCUCCACCUCCUCGCAAUCAUUUUAUGAAUGUGGAUGCUUAUGAGAGUGAAGAGAUCAGACAGUUUCGUCGUCUUUUUGUCCAGCUGGCUGGAGAUGAUAUGGAAGUGUGUGCCACAGAGCUAAGAGACGUCCUGAACAAAGUCGUUUCCAGACAUCGAGACUUGAAGACAGAUGGCUUCAGCUUAGACACAUGCCGUAGCAUGGUAGCUGUCAUGGACAGUGACACAAAUGGCAAACUAGGCUUUGAAGAGUUUAAGUAUCUGUGGAACAACAUCAAGAAGUGGCAGUGUGUGUACAAGCAGUAUGACACCGAUCAGGCAGGCACUGUUGGGAGAGCGCAGCUGCCAGGCGCCUUGAAGGCUGCAGGGUUCCACCUGAACGAACAGCUCUGCCAGGUAAUUGUGCGCAGAUAUGCCGACGAGGACGGUAGCAUGGAUUUCAACAACUUCAUUAGCUGCUUGGUACGCCUGGACAGCAUGUUCCGGGCCUUCAAGUCCCUGGACCGAGAUGGAGAUGGACGGAUCAAAAUGACCAUUGAAGACUGGCUGCAGCUGACCAUGUAUUCGUGAAAGCACAGCAGAGAAGAAUAAGCUUCAUCUGGAAGAUAUACAUGGAAGACCACAAUCCUGUACUGUAGAACUGUAGUGUUUUGCUUGUUCCAAGGCAGAUGUAGCUAGUGGUAGAUAGUUCAUCUUUAAGUAUUGUGAUUCCUCUUGUGCAUGCAUUAGCCUGCUUUUCUGUAGGGUUUGUGUGAUUUGUCAGUUGGACAGCUGUGUAAGUCUGUCUCGGAAAACAAUCUCUAGACUCUGAAGUGAGGGAACAUGGUAAGGGAUCAAAGCUUAGUUAUUUCUUCAUGUAAAGUGGCUUGCGUAUGAUUAUAACAAUUAUAUAAAAAGCUCGUAAGUUUGGUGUUGAUGUUACUGUUCUGAUUUGUCAGCAUUCACGAAGCUGGAAUAAAGCUCUGUUUGCCUGAAGGCAAUCACUA